UGCUACCAGUCUCCAUCACUUACCUGUAACCUUUCAUAAAACCGCCUGCAACUUCCGUUUAGUUUACACGUGGCACAAAAUCAAUAGAAAUCCCCACGGCAAUCCAAUGAGGUCUCCCAUACCCUAUUAUAUAUUGUCGACGACACCACUACUUUUCUUUUCUAAAAAUUGUCCACCUUAUUAGUCGAGUCACACACACACACACACACCAAAUACCAAACACAAACGCUAACAAAAAUAUAAAAAGAAAACUAAAAUGAACAUUGAUUUCAAAUCCGCUAUUCAACUCUAAAAAAAAAAACCAAACAACGAUACAAAGAUGUUGAAUCUGACACAGAGUUAGUGAGAGAAACUAGUUUCUAUUACGAAUUACGAAUCCUGCAACUUUCAAUCUCAACCGUUCGUUUCGUUCUAUUGAUAGUUCAUCACAGCCGUGGAUGGGCCAAACAGCUUCCACGGCCACCGUCGCUUACCGCCGGGAAAGCGUACAAGGCCAUCGAUCUACAAAUACCACAAAAACAACCAGAUCUACCGACUUAGUGUUUCCGAUGACCGCCGGCGAAGACGAAGAUGAUAACAGAGAUCCGGUUCACGGUGAAAACUCCGAUUAUAUAUCAGAUCUACCUGACGAGUGUUUAGCUAUAGUGUUUCAGUCGCUGAGCUCCGCCGAUCGGAACCGGUGUUCACUCGUCUGCCGGCGGUGGCUUCUGGUUGAAGGACAGAGCCGUCAACGUUUAUCGUUAAACGCGCAAUUGGAUCUUCUUCCGGUAAUUGAUUCUCUCUUUACUCGAUUCGAUUCGGUUACGAAACUCGCGUUGAAAUGCGAUCGUAGAUCUGUUAGCAUAAGAGACGACGCACUCGUUUUAAUCUCCGAGCGUUGCCCUAAUCUCACGCGCCUUAAGCUCCGCGCGUGUCGCGAACUUACCGACGCUGGAAUGGAAGGUUUCGCUAAGAACUGUAGAGGAUUGAAGAAACUAUCGUGUGGAUCUUGCACUUUUGGAUCCAAAGGUAUGAACGCGAUUCUCGAUAACUGCGCCGCGCUGGAAGAAUUGUCGGUGAAGCGCCUCCGUGGAAUUGCGGAGACUGCGGUGGCGGAGCCGAUUGGGCCGGGAGUAGCCGCGGCGUCGUUGAAGACGAUUUGUUUGAAAGAGCUUUACAAUGGACAGUGUUUUGGUUCAUUGAUUCUUGGAGCUAAGAAUCUAAAGACAUUGAAGCUUUUUCGAUGUUCGGGUGAUUGGGAUACGCUUUUUCAGCUCAUGGCGGAAAGGGUUAAGAGCAUGAUUGUUGAGUUUCACUUUGAGAGGCUUCAGAUUAGUGAUAUUGGAUUGCAAGCUAUUUCAUACUGUUCCAAUUUGGAGAUUUUGCAUCUUGUUAAAACACCUGAAUGCACUGAUAUUGGACUUGUUACAAUUGCUGAAAGAUGCAAGCUUUUGAGGAAGCUUCACAUCGAUGGUUGGAAGGCAAAUCGGAUUGGGGAUGAAGGGUUAAUUGCUGUUGCUAAAUUUUGCCCUAAUUUACAGGAAUUGGUGCUUAUUGGUGUUAACCCUACAAAAGCUAGUUUGGAAAUGUUGGCAUCUAAUUGCCCUAAUUUAGAGAGGUUGGCUUUGUGUGCAAGUGAUACUGUUGGUGAUCCUGAGAUAUCUUGCAUUGCUGCUAAGUGUUUGGCUUUGAAGAAACUUUGCAUUAAGAGUUGUCCUGUUUCUGAUCAUGGGAUGGAAGCUUUGGCAAAUGGGUGCCCUAAUUUGGUGAAAGUGAAGGUUAAGAAGUGUAAGGGUGUUACCCCUGAGGGUGGUGAUUGGUUGAGGCUCACUAGGGUUUCUGUUGCUGUUAAUUUGGAUACUGUCGAAGCGGAACACCAAGAUGCUAGUGCUAGUGAUGGUGGAGCACAAGAGACUGGCAUAGAGUUUCCUCCAAUGCCUGGCAAUACAGCAGCGUCUUCAUCGACAAGUAAUGCAUCAAGAAGUACUGUUCGAUCGAGUUCAUUCAAGCAAAGGUUAGGACUUUUGUCUGGGAGGAAUAUAGUUGCUAGUACAUUGAGAAGAUGGUCAGGUGGUAACACUAGUGCUCGCCAUGGUUAGAGACAGAGAGCAUAAAUGCACUGGACACUACAGUGUGUAUAAGAUGAUGGAGGUUAAGGAUGUCUGGCUUUUGUUUGAUUUAUGAGUUUGAUAUUGAAUGGCAAAAGAUAUUCCUUGUUUUCUGGAUAUAUCUUGGUGACUGCUACCGAUGCCAUUGUGUAAGAAAGCAAGAUUCUUGAGAAGGGGAUCAACAGAUCUCUUAGAAUUGCAGCCUCCACGCAUUUGAAGCAGUCACGCCAUCUUGGUAUGAUGAAUCUUGUGUGUUUGAGAAUAAUGUAUUUAACGGAAUUACAUGAUUUAGGUUGUCACAUUAAGAUUACUAGAUUAGACCGUUCAAGUUAUGACUUAGAUAAAUUGCGUUUAAAUACUAAAUUAGAGUGGGAAUUGUCUGAUCUUGCAUCCAUGAUCUUAUUAUUACUACUAUAUGUAAAAAAACUCAA